UAAUCUUUUGGUCGCCAAGAGAUACAGACGAUUUCGGUACGACUUUACGAGUACUUUCACGAAAUAACUUUCGCAUUCGUUUGGAUUGCAGUGUCGCACUUUAGUUGAAUAGUUUGUUUACAAGGUGAAUGGUACCUGCAUUAAAACAGAAAAAAACAGUGAUUAAUAUACUCUUGUGCGAAUGAAGAAUGAAUAACAAUAGGCAUACCAUAUCGGUAUCCAGAUACAAUGGCAGUUCGAACAUUCCGUUACGUAGACAGUUGAGUAGACAGAGUUCCACACCAAAUGGUACCCCGUCUAAAGUACCCAACGACGCGGCCCACAGGUGGAGACAGAAAUAUGACGAAAGUGAAGAAAAACGGAAAACCCUACUCUCAGAAAAGGAAAAAGCUCUUCGAGGCCUCAACGACUUAGAAAAGAAGCACCUCAAUCUUCAAGAAAAAAACGAGCAACUGGAAAUAGAACUUUUCGAGAAAAAUGAAGAAUACUCGAAAUUAUCUACGGCAUCGAAAAAUUUAUGGACAGAAUACGAGAGGCUCAAAAAUCAGUAUGAAACUGAGACCGGGGCUAUGGCAAGUGUUUUGAAGGACGCAUCCAAAUGGUACAAAGAAAAUAAAGAACUGAAGAGAAAAACUCUCUAUUUGGGUGACAAGGAUGCAGUUGACGAGGGAGUGGAUGCUGGCGAAUCAUCCAAUGAUGCUGACAUUGAAAACUUGAAUAGAACCAUCAAGCAACUCAGCACCGAAGUUGCGGAGCUACAGACUGAACUGGAUACUGUCCGCCAGUCCGAGUUUCAAACGUUGGAACAAAAUAUGAAACUUAACGAGGAGCUGGAAUUACGUAAAGCGGAGAACAGAAAAUUCAAAGCUGAACUGGAAGAACUCAGAACGGAACAUCAACAACUCAGAAGGGUAUCAGAAAUGAUGAAAAAAGAAUUGGAAGAUCUGAAAGAAAUUGAAGAGAACCAGAGAAAUGAUAUUAUUUUACUCAAAAAAGAAGCAGGAGAACAAAAACGAGAAAGGAACAUUUUGAAACAUCAAAGUACUCUGAUAAUGCAAGGAUUGAAUGACAGCAAUGGUACUGAGUCGUUAAUAUUAUUACAAGAAAUCGAAAACUUAAAACGAACGCUUGAAGACGAGAGAAGUCGACACGAAGAAGAAUUGAAUAGUUUACAGGAUCGCUUCGAGCAAGACCAGGAAAACGACUCCCACAUAGAAAUCCUAGAAGAAAGAUUAAAACUAGUCGAAGAAGAACUGAAAUCUGCCAUUUCCCGAGCCGAAGCUGCGGAGGCCAAACUAAAAGCACCUCCUCUACCUCCUCCACCGCCUCCUCCACCCCCACCACCGUUCGCAGCAAACGAUUGUCCUCCAGUCGUACCACUACGCCGACGAAGAAGUAGAGCAACCGUUGAGGACCUGGCCAAAACCAUCGGGGUACAGGAAUCGAGUCCAGACAAGAAACCAGCGCCUCCUGGUGUGAACCACGACAUAAUAAAUGCUAUAAAAGAGGGUAAAUUUACCCUGAAAAAGUCGAAGAAGGAGGGUAAAAUGGAGAAGGAUAGGGACACGCCCAAGGCAGUGUCGGAGAUACUCAAUAUUUUAGGGAGUUUGAGGAGGGCACCGAAGAAACGACAAAGUCAGUAUUUAGGAGAUGUACAGUUAUGAAUUAUUGUAUUUUUUACUGUUUUUACUAGGGCUAUUAUUAGUGUUUGUAUUUUUCUACUUGUAAAUGUAUAUUUUAUAAACGAAUGUUUUUCGAAAAUUUAUAUAUUUUGUUUAUAAAUAAAAGUUGAAGUAAAACAAGGAGAUAAAGGUUGGGAGAAUGAAGAAAUUUCUUUAGGAAGGGCAGAUCAAUAAGUAAUAUAUAUUUACAUACGAGGGUUGUUCUAAAAGGAAAGUUAUUAGUAAAUUUAUAAAACUAGAUAUAAAUAAAUGAUCUUUGGUAUUGGUCGUAUUGGCACAGCAUUUAAGAAGUCUAGAAUGCCCAAAUUUAUUCUCGUAUCUUUAUAUCUCCUAAAGAAUACGA